CAAAGUAAAAGAAGAGAAUGGAAGCCAAAAGUUGUGAAUUGAAACACUAGAAACAAACGUGCAUGAUUUUUCAACAUUACUUAAAGUGUGAUCUUUAAAACGAAAAGAGGUGAGAAAACGUUUUUGUUUUCUUAAAUUAGCGAAUUCGUCAAGUACUGAAUCAUUUAACCAAGGUACUGCUGUGCAGGUUUUUAGACAAAUUUGUAAAAUUAAGCUAAAUUUCAUGCAAAAAUGCAAGCCUCCAAUUCCUUAAGAAGAUUUGCUUAUCAGACUCCUGCUCUACAUUUUUACAUCAAUCGUAGUUGUUCAACUUCAAUAACAAGAAUCAAAAAGAGUAUGUAUCCUCGUGUUUAUAAAGUACGUCUGCAGCAGCCAGAUGGAUCUACUUACACGAUCCGCUACCACGAGCCACGUAAACUAAUUCGUCUUCCUGUAGACCCGAGCAGUCUGACUGAGGAAGAGAAAAAAGCUAGGAUGAAUCGCUUAAAACCGGAGAAGAAAAUUGAAACACAUGAAUUUGAUGAAGACGAAGCAGAGAUUACUCAAAGAUCUUGGAAACAUUUUGUUACGAGAUAACCAUUAUCGAUUUUCUUUACUAUUUGUUGUUAACACAACAUAAUAUUUAUUUACUGAAAAUAUAUUUCCUGGUCGAUAUCGCAAUAUCACUGUCAUGUGACGCAUUUUCAAGAAAUGGAACACUAGAAAUAAGAAAGUUUGACGAUUGGGUAAAAAAAGAUUUGUGUUUGUGUUGUUUGGUGAAAUUCAGAAUUCCUGGAUUGUUAAAUGAAAACAAAAAAUUUAUGGAUCACCGAAACAAGUUUGCGAGACAAAUAAGAAAAAUCUCUGAAAAUUUGCAAAACAUUCAAAGAGAGAACUAAACGUGAGUUAUCAAUAGAAUUAAUGAGCCUAAUAAUAGUUUUGUUUGGAUUUUUUAGUCAACACGGUAUAGUUUGCAAGCUAGUUAUAAUCAUUUAUGUAUUUAUGUAUGAGUAAGCUUGACCUUAAAGUAUCUACUAGAGUAUUGUACCAAUACUUCUACAGAAGCAUUUUGGCAAUGCUCUGAAAUAGAGCCCGCCUUGUAAAGGUUUAAAACUACUUCUAUAAUAUGUUAUGAUUCGUUGUUUGCCAACAAGUUUAUUUCCGUUCAAA